AUGACCCACAAUGUUACGGCCGACAUUUUAAACCCGCUCGAGGGCAUUCCACAUGAUCAGUUGAUGUCCAACGUCCAGCAGUAUGCCGAGCGUCACGGACUGCAAGACAUCUUGCCCAACCUUCGUAAGGGUGCUUUAGCUGGUCAGGACCCAGUUGCAGCUAGAUCUUCACCUUUGCUGAAUGGUCAGGAGCACGAGAUCCUGCAUGUGGAGGCCACUUAUCGCUGGAGGCAGCCUUGGGCAUUGUACUACACCAUCAUCCUAAACUCGAUCGCGGCAGCCAUUCAAGGCUGGGAUCAAACUGGCUCCAAUGGUGCCAAUCUUACCUUUGACGUUGUCUUUGGCAUCCCUAACAAUGCCCCUGCCUGCCCGGAUCAUGCUACAUGCACCCGCAACCAAUGGCUUGUUGGUCUCAUCAAUGCGACACCUUACAUUACCAUCUGUCUUUUUGCUGGCUGGCUCUCGGACCCCCUCAAUAACAUCCUUGGCCGCAAGGGCACGAUUUUUGUGGCAGCGAUCUUUAGUCUUCUUGCACCCCUCGGCUCUGCCCUUACUCAGACUUGGCCUCAGCUGGUGGUCUGUCGCAUGCUCCUGGGAAUCGGAAUGGGUCUGAAAGAAGUUACUGUUCCCGUCUAUUCCGCCGAAAAUGCGCCCACCAACAUCCGUGGGGGUUUAGUCAUGAGCUGGCAAGUGUGGACAGCUUUUGGUAUCUUUCUCGGAACUUGUGCAAACUUGGCGGUUGCCAACACAGGCAAGCUGUCGUGGCGCUUACAACUUGGGUCAGCCUUUAUUCCUGCUGUCCCCCUGAUCUUCGGCGUUUGGUUCUGUCCUGAAUCGCCUCGCUGGCUGAUCAUCAAAGGAAGACACCGAGAUGCAUACAAGUCACUUCUUCGUCUUCGGAAAAGUAGCUUGCAAGCUGCUCGGGACCUUUACAUGAUCCAUGCACAGCUUGUCAUGGAGAAAGGCAUGCUUGAAGGCUCCGGUUACGCCGACACUGAUAAUGCAUUCGUCCGGUUCAAGGAAAUUUUCACUGUUCCACGCUUGCGACGCGCAACCCAGGCGUCAGGUAUAGUCAUGAUUGCACAGCAGAUGUGUGGAAUCAACAUCAUUGCAUUCUACUCUUCGACUAUCUUCCAGCUCGCGGGAGCGAACAAUAUCAACGCCCUACUCGCAUCAUUCGGCUUUGGCUUGAUCAAUUUUGCUUUUGCCUGGCCUGCCGUUUGGAGUAUCGAUAAAUUCGGUCGUCGAGGUCUCCUGCUCUUCACAUUCCCACAGAUGUGCUGGACCCUACUUGCAGCUGGAUGUUGUUUCUGGAUCCCUAAGAACAACAAGGCACACCUUGGUCUCGUUGCCUUCUUUAUCUACCUCUUCGAUGCAUUCUAUUCCCCAGGAGAGGGCCCUGUGCCAUUUACAUAUUCAGCCGAAGUCUUUCCACAGUCUCAUCGUGAGAUUGGCAUGGCCUGGGCUGUUGCGACCAACAAUUUCUGGGCAUCAGUCCUCUCGCUGACUUUCCCUUACAUGCUGCGUGCUUUCACUGCCCAGGGCGCUUUUGGUUUCUACGCUUGUCUCAAUCUCGUUGCCUUUGUUAUGAUUUUCCUUUUCGUGCCUGAGACAAUGCAACGCUCCCUCGAGGAACUGGAUUAUGUGUUUGGCGUACCUACCCGAAGCCAUGCCAAGUACCAGCUGACCGUGGUACUCCCGUGGUGGAUCAAGCGCUACAUCUUCAUGCGCAAGGGCGUUGGGUGUCCUUCUCUGUACCAGACCCCUGUCCAGCGGGCUGAGGCUCAUUUGCUCCCCACGGAGGCUCAAAGCAAAAAGGUCGAUGAAGCUCUUGAGCAGGUCGAAUCAGCUUAG